UCUACUGCAAAUUGAAGUUAAUAUAAUUCUAGUCCCGAAUGAAGGUCUUUAUGAACACGAUGAAGACUUUGAAGCUAUGACACACGGAAUGUUAACAAUUAUUCAAGUUGCCGAAACACCCGGCGGAUACCGCGAUCAAGCCGAUACUUUUGGCCUACAUACCCCAACUCAAUUAAUUAAAGAAGAAAAAUCUCCACGAACUGAAAUACUCAAGGCGCUAUACUUUCUAUGCGCUUGUAUAAUGCUGGUCGGUUACGAGACCGACUUGCCCGGGAACUGA